CGCGGCCCGCUGUGGCGCAUGCGCGGGGUGACGGGGUGAGUGCUGCUGGGCCUGGCGGGCAGGGAAGGGCAGGGCCGGGGAGGGCGCGGGCGGCUGGGCAGGGCGCGGGCGGUGGCCCGGCAGCCCCCUCCGUCCCAUCAUCCGGGCGUGUCUCGCCGGAGCUGCGCUGCUACGUGAGGUGAGGGCCGGCCUCCGGGGCCUGCGUGCCAAGCGAGGGCCGCGGGGCGAGCGGGGCCUGCCCGGCCCGGUGCGUGUCGGCCGCUCGGGUGGACUCGGCGGCGGGGGGGCCUAUGCCGGCCUGCAGGAGGCUGCUCCCGCGGGAGACGCUGGAGUCCAGCGGGGACCCGGCCCUGAGUCCUCACGGACAGAGGCUCCCAGGAGAGGCCAAUCAGACCAGCGCUCUUCGAAUUCCUGUAAUCUGUGACAGGGACUUGUGUAGCCUAGGCUAGCCGGAAAGGCGUGUGCCACCACGCCGGGCUUCAAUUAGAACGGGAAAAUUCUCUUUCUGUUUGAAAAUGUACGUGCUUAUUGCGUGUAUGCAUGCGCACGUGUGCCAUGGCGCAAGUGUAGAGGUCAGAGGACAACUUUCCAAGAGGCUGUUCUUCCCACCUUGCGGGUUCCAGGGAAGACACCCAGGUCGUCUGGCUUAGCUGUAAGCGCCUUCUGAGCCCUGGAAAUAUUUUUUGUUUGUUUGUUUUAAUGGAGGUGAAAAAAUAAAGUGUUAUAAACGUCUUCAAAACGCAACGACCCAGUCUCAAAAAAUUCGGUGCUGGGUGCUGGAGAGAACACCCAGUUGGAGUAGGUUCAUGAUUGCCUCCAGAUCAGACACCAUCUCGGACUACACAUGCGCGCGAAAACAGCCUUUUAAAAAUAUGUCUUGGUGCGGGGCAGUGGUGGCGCACACCUUUAAACCCAGCACUUGGGAGGCAGAGGCAGACGGAUUUCUGAGUUCAAGGCCAGCCUGAUCUACAGAGUGAGUUCCAGGACAGCUGGGCUACACAGAGAAACUCUGUCUCGAAAAAAACAAACAAAAAAAGUGUCUAGGCAUUGUGUGAAGACAUCCGAGGUUUCAUGAGAAACCUUUGAAAAGGUUUGUCUAUGGGAAGCACUAUUAAGUGUUGUGAAGGUUCCAGGUGCCAAGAUGCCUCUGUGUGGGUGAUGUGUUUGUUUUGUUUUUAGGACACAAGAGACUUUAUGUGUAAUCUUGCCUCAGCCUCCUGAGUGCUGGGAUGUCAGCUGUGAGCCACUGAGCUCUGCUGUUGAUGUGGAAGAGGGCAGUUGGGCCUUUUUAAAAUGGGAUUUUUUUUUCUGUCUUCAAUGUUAUCUCAAAAAGUGGAGAGCAAGCCAGUAGUGUUGUAUGCCUUUAACAACAAAUUGCCUAACCCCAAACAUAAAUAUAAAUUCAGAAUUAGCACAUCCCGUCUAUUAAUUUUUUUUUCAAACACUAUGUACUUCUGGCUGGCCAGGAACUCACUGUGUAGACCAGACUGGUCAAGAACUCAGAGACAUCCUCCGUCUCUACCGCCUGAGGGCUGGGGAUAAAGGUGUAGGUCUCAAUACUCAGUUUCUCCAGACAGGGUUUCUCUGUGUAGCCCUGGCUGUCCUGGAACUUGCUUUGUAGACCAGGCUGGCCUCAAACUCGGAGAUCUGCCUGCCCCUGCCUCCCAAGUGCUGGCACUGAAGACAUGUGCCACCACUUUAGGCUUAAAUUUUUUUUAAAUGAUAAAUUAUAAACUAUGGAUAUAUCACCACGAUAUUAUCUUUUUUUUUUCCUGAGUGAAUGGAUUUUAGGUGAUUAAAUUUCAAAUGUCCUGGUUUUCUACAGUGACACCUGUGUAUAAUUGGGGAAGGAUACGUUUCAGAUAGUUAACAGUCUUUUUAAAAGGAUAACUAGUGAGCAUGAGUUUUUAUGGUUCACAUUUCAUUAAGAAGUCAAAUUUCUCAAGCUGACAAGAUGGCCAGCUCAUUUCCCAGUGAGUAAGGUCCCUGCUGCCUGAGGACCUGAGUCCAGUCCUCAGGACUCGCGACAUUCCUGUGUCCUGUGGACACUCCCGAUGUCUUUAUGAAGGCACUUGUGCAUACACAAAUCCAAUUCUAUUUGCCUGGGUGAAGGCUGGUUGACAGCUCUUGGUUGUGAGUGGUCUUAAGGAACCUUUGGUGAUGUCCAAUCCUGAGGAGUCACACUCUCCUCCACCUUCCUCACGUGACAAGACAAAUCCAAAUGGCAAUGUUAAGGACUUGUAAUCCCGUGCUUGGUUUCCUUUUCUUACUUUUUUGUUCACGUUCUGAACAACCUGAGAUAUUCUCUUGACAGUUGUGUUCUACCUAUUAGAAUAUGAUAGAAUAUGGACUAUAAGAAACUGUGUCUCCAAAGAAAGCUGAUUAUGGCGUUGGGUGAGGCAUUUUGUCUGUUUAUCUAACAUUUCUGUAAGAGUAUGGCUGUCAGUUUUUCAGAUUAUCACCUCCCCUCCUGCUUGUGCUUAAGAACUUGAAGCAAGAUGAGCUUGCUGCUGGCAGCAUGGAAGGAGGGUUCACACAUGCACAGUUAGUUACCUGAUGUCAGAGCUCCGAAGACAAGUGUGCCAUCUAUGUCGUAAUGGACUUUAGUGGCGUUGGUUUCUUCCUUGCUUAGAAUGAGGCACUUUUUGUCAUUUGUGGAAACUUGCCUGUAAUUCAUUUUCCUCACUGCAGUAUUGAGAGUUAUACCAAAUUGAAAAGAUAUGAAUGAAUAUCCUAAAAAAAGAAAAAGGAAGACUUUACACCCUUCUCGCUAUUCAGAUUCUUCUGGAAUAAGCAGAAUUGCAGAUGGAGUCAGUGGGAUUUUUUCUGAUCACUGUUACAGUGUCUGCUCUAUGAGACAGCCAGACUUAAAAUAUUUUGACAACAAAGAUGAUGAUUCUGAUCCUGAGACAGCAAAUGACUUGCCCAAAUUUGCAGAUGGAACCAAGGCCAGAAACAGGAAUCAGAGCUACCUGGUUCCCAGCCCUGUGCUUAGGAUUCUAGACCACACUGUCUUUUCCACAGAAAAAUCUACUGAAGUUGAGAUCUGUGAUGAAGAAUGUGCCUCACCUGAGUCAGUGCAUCAGCAUACUCAAGAGGAGAGCCCUAUAGAAGUUCAUACCUCAGAAGACGUCCCAAUUGCUGUAGAAGUUCAUGCAAUCUCUGAAGACUAUGAUAUAGAGGCAGAGAACAAUUCCUCUGAGAGCCUCCAAGACCAGGCCGAUGAAGAACCACCAGCUAAACUCUGUAAAAUUCUUGACAAGGGCCAGGCUUUGAAUGUGACUGCCCAACAGAAGUGGCCUCUCCUGAGAGCCAACAGCAGUGGUCUCUACAAGUGUGAACUUUGUGAAUUUAACAGUAAAUACUUUUCUGACCUAAAGCAACAUGUGAUCCUGAAACACAAGCGCACUGACUCGAAUGUGUGUCGGGUGUGUAAGGAAAGCUUCUCUACCAACAUGCUUCUCAUUGAACACGCCAAACUCCAUGAAGAAGACCCCUACAUCUGUAAGUACUGUGAUUACAAGACUGUGAUCUUUGAGAACCUCAGCCAGCACAUUGCAGACACGCACUUCAGCGACCACCUUUACUGGUGUGAGCAGUGUGACGUGCAGUUCUCCUCAAGCAGUGAGCUCUACCUGCACUUCCAGGAGCAUAGCCGUGAUGAGCAGUACCUGUGCCAGUUCUGUGAGCACGAGACAGGGGACCCUGAGGACUUGCACAGCCACGUUGUCAACGAGCACGCUCGCAGACUGAUUGAGCUGAGUGACAAGUGUGGCAGUGGUGGCCAUGGGCAGUGCAGCCUUUUAAGCAAGAUCACCUUUGACAAAUGUAAAAAUUUCUUCGUGUGUCAAGUAUGUGGCUUUCGGAGCAGACUUCACACAAAUGUCAACAGACACGUGGCUAUCGAGCAUACUAAAAUAUUCCCUCAUGUUUGUGAUGACUGUGGGAAGGGCUUUUCCAGCAUGUUGGAAUAUUGCAAGCAUCUAAAUUCACAUCUAUCUGAAGGGAUUUACUUAUGCCAAUAUUGUGAAUAUUCAACAGGACAAAUUGACGAUCUUAAAAUUCAUCUAGAUUUCAAGCAUUCAGCUGACUUGCCUCAUAAAUGUAGUGAGUGCUUGAUGAGGUUUGGGAACGAAAGGGACUUACUCGGUCACCUUCAAGUCCAUGAGACUACCUGACCGUGAUCUUUACGUAAUGUUUAUGUAAAGGAAUAAAUUCUUUUUUUAAUGUUAAAAAUGGGCAAGCUGAAAUACUUUUGA